UAACAACUGUCAAUUUUUUUACAACUCUGUUAUCUACGCGCUGUUUUUGACAACUGUACAAUAUUAUAUUUUUCACAGAAUAUUUUAGAAAAUCUAAUACAAUUUUCAUAAAAAUACCAUGAAUUCAGCCACAAAAGUGGGUGAAAUAUUCACAGCUGCUGGUCAGGCAUUUAGUCGUUUAGGUGAUUUAACCAUGCAAUUGCAUCCAAAUGCAGAAUCACCAGCAGGAAAAUGGACAGAUGAAGAAAUUGAUAUGUUACACGCAUCAAUAAUACGAUUCUCGGACGAUUUAAAUAAAAUCAGUUUAAGCAUAAAAAAUAGGACAGUAACACAAAUAAGACAGGCCUUAAAGAAAAAAGCAUUUGAAGAUGCUGGAAUACCAGCGAAACAAGUGCCAGUGCAACAAGUACAUCAUGUGGUGCAAACGGUGCAACAAAUACCACAACAACAACCCAUACAGCAGCAACAUUUAACACAACAACAGACAACAACUCAUCAAAUCAUAAAACAACAUCAUGUACAACAGCAGCAGCCGCAGCAACAAGCAACAGUAAUUGCCACAGGUGUAAUUAAUUCACAGCAACAGCAUCAUAUUCACCAGCAGCAACAAUUGCAACAACAGCAACAGCAUCAAACAGUUCAUAUACAAAAUGUUCAACAUAUUGUACCUUUACAACAGGUACUACAACAAUCGUCGUCCUCAUCCGCAACAUCUUCAUCGUCAUCAUCCGGCAACACGUCAACACAAAUUCUGCAGACUACACCAAAACAGAUUAUAAUACAGGCAUCACCACAUGCCGCAUCGUCAGUUGGUUCAAGCAGCAGCAGCAAUUUGGUUGGCAAUCAAGUGACACUUAACAAUGUCACAACAACGGCGAAUAUUGUUGCAACUGGAUCACCACAAUUGACCCAACCGCAAAUAGUACAUUUACAGCCGCAACAGUUGCAGCAAUUGCAACAUGCACAACAACAGCAGCAGCUGCAGCAUCAACAACAACAGCAGCAGCAGCAACAGACUCAAGUAAUACAACCCUCCCACACCACGACCACAACAACAACCGUUACCAUACAACAAUUCCAGCAAAUGCAGGCUCAAAAAGCAUUGUUGGCGGCCGCAGCAGCGGCAGCAUCCGCCAGUACUUCCGCGAAUGUUGCAACAACAACAAAUACCAUAUCGACGACACCCUCUACCCCUGCCACAGUUACGGUUACCGAAAACAUUGUAAUACAACAACCAACAACACAGCAAAUUGUCACCGGUCCCUCGACAAACACAACGACAUUAGUGGCAGCAAACAGCAACAAUAAUGUUGGCGGUAACACAACCAUCAGCAACAAUUUGAUAACAAAUGCAACCAACAUUAUAACCAACACCAAUGCAGUGACAUCCACCGCAAUUGCCGGUAGCACAGUGCCCAAUAUAGCAGCCACUUCGCUGGCGCUGAAAUCUGGCCCAGAUGUAUCAAUGACCUUAAAUCGCAUCAAUACGGCGGAACACGAAGUCGAUGUUGAAGAAUGUUUGCCCGCCGAUGUUGUCAAAUUGGAUUUUGCUGGCGAAGAAGUUGCUGGAUGAAAUUUAGCUUCCCAAUCCAAUAAUCUAGCGAUAACGCUAGCAACAUCGCCCACGCAAACAGCAAUAAUAUCAUCCCCACCUCAUCGCCACCAACCACACCUCCAGCAGCAUCAUCAGAAAUCACAACCACAGCCAGUACGUCAUUUAACCGCAACAACAUCAACAUCAAGAAGAUCUAACUUAGAGUUAGCAAAUGUCAUUCAUACAGUUACUGUAACAGACGAAGAUGAAGAAAGUGUAAAUCAUCAUGAUCAUGAUCAUCAUCACCACCACGACUCAACAACAGAUGUAAUAGAUGAAGAUUUUUAUUUUUAAAUAUUUUAAUUUUUUCUCAUACUAUUUCCUUAGAAAUUAAACCCUUCGCCCGCUUCCCCUUAUUAUUAAAAACAUAAAGAAAAAAUCCUAAAUAAUAAUAAAAUUGUUAAUAACUCUUUGUAUUAUUUUUAACAAAGUAUAUUGUCAUUACUUUACUUAAAACUUAAAGUUAACGAAAUUACUUUUAUUUUAUAUUUUCCUUUAGCGUUUAUGAUUUAAUUUCUUUUUUUUAAUUUUAAAAGAAAUACUAAUACAAGUUUGAAUUUUAAUUUAUGUUUAAUUUUUUGUUUUUCUUCUAACACCCCACUCCGUUUGCACUCGUUGAACGUAUGAGGGUUUAACCCAAAAGAAUGGUAAACAAAAUUUUAAAAUUCAAAAUUUUACAAAAAUUAUAAGAAUGAAAAAUGAUCAUUAAUUAAUUUUAGUAAGUAAAACAAAAGAAAAGAUUAAAGUAUAUAAUGUAAUAAUGUAUUUAAUAUAAAAAAGAGAGAAAACACAUGUUUUAGGGUCUUUAAUUAGUGUAUAAAAAAUGUACAAAUUAAUAAAAAAAAAACACAAAACAAAAUAUAAUUAAACUUAAAAA